AUGAAUGAAACAAAGCUUGGCUUAGUCGAUCCAAAAGACGUUGUGGUCUUGGCGUCGUACCGUCGUGCAAUAUCUCGACAGUUGUACAGAGAUGAAGAUCGUUUUGAACAAGUACAGAUUCGUGUGCGUCAGCAUCUAUUGAAAACACUUGGUUGUAAAAUAGUAGAUAUUGAAAAAAUUCUCCAAUGGGAAUGGAUUCCACGUGAUAAAUGUGGUUUCAGAUUGGCUGGUCAACCUUUAAAAGUACCAAUACCAGCGAAUGGCAAAGUGUACGCUGCAGUCGAAGGAAUUUCCUUCUAUGCAAAUGGGUCUUUUUAUUUGAAUUUGAUAGAAGCAGAUGAGAAUAAUGCAUUGUUCAAUUCUGAUGAUGUCGAUCUGAUAAUGAAACAAGGCAUUACGGGUGCUUCUUUCUCGUUGGAUCCUCCUUCGGAUUUGCCACAUCCAUUUCAAAAAGCUACUUGGGUGCCAUACGAUGCUCUUAAUGGCACAGAUUUUCUCGCUACGAUGCUUCAUGCAGAUUUAUUAUUGAAGAGUAUGAAUUUUCUAGCGGAAACAUCAGCUAAAUCUCCGUUUCGUACCCGAUCAAUUCGCGAUGGAGCUUAUUUGGCACUCUCUGAAGAUCUUUAUCAACAAUUAUUCAAAGAAAGCCGCGCAGAAUAUGGAAGAAUCAGUUCAUCUGUUAGAAUGUGGAUAGAAUCAGAACCGAUCAAAUACAACAUAAUAGAACAUGAUGGUAGUAUAACCUAUAGAUUUGGACCAUCAAAUAUGCAGAUCAAAUAUGAGAAUCGCCUUGAGUAUGAUGUAGAAUAUGGAACUAUUAUCGGUGCCAGAAUUUAA